GGGACUCCCUCUUUUUCUCCCCCCCCCCCCAGCGUUUCAAUCAAAGCGGGGCUUUAAAACGGCGGGUGAAGAUGGGAAAGAAGAAAGAGGCGGCGGUGGACAGAGGUUUGGAAGACGAAGCUGGCGGGCACAGUCUUCACAAGAAGAAACACAAGAAGCACAAGAAACACAAGAAGAAGCAUCACCAGGCGGACGUGGGGCUCGGCUUUUCCUCUGAAACUUUGGAAUCCGACUCUGGUACAGGAAAACCGCAGCUAAAACUUAAAAUCAAACUGGGUGGUCAAACUAUGGGCACAAAGAGUGUGCCCCACUUUUCUUUGGCCUCUGAGCUGAAGCAAUCUCCCUCUCCUUUGAUGGUUGAUGAUGAACCAGAUGAAGUGCCAUUGGACCAGUAUCGGGCGUGGCUGGAUGAGGAGAGCAAUUUGGAUCCAUCGCCUUUACCAGACUUGGAUUCAGAAAGCCUUCAGGAGCCAGAACAGGAUGAGGAGCAGCGAUGGCUGGAUGCUUUGGAGAAGGGAGAGUUGGAUGAUAAUGGAGAAUUAAAGAAGGAGAUUGAUGAAUCACUGCUGACAGCUAGGCAACGUGCCCUUCUACAUAAACAGCAAAGUCAACCCCUCCUGGAGUUGCCCAUGGGCUAUAAAGUGAAGGAGAUGACAGAGGAGAUGAUGGUGAAGCGAGCUGAACGUGCUCGGAAAAGGCGCCUGCAAGCUGCAAAGAAAGCAGAGGACAACAAAAACCAAACAAUUGAACGUCUGACAAAAACUAACAAGGCCAAAGUCAAAACACUGAGGGAGAGGAAAACUAAAAGAAUGCACUAUCCUAUGAUUAGAUAUUGCAACAGCGCUGAAGGGAUCACUGUCUCCUUUCCACAUGGAUGUCCAGCCCCACUCCCGGCUGUUCCUCAGCCUGUGCCCAUCCCUAUAACCUGUGGGGUAGGGGGCUGUUCAAACUCCAAGAGAUACUCUUGUUCUAAAACUGGGUUACCACUCUGCAGCCUUGAGUGCUAUAAAAAGAAUUUGUUGAUCCAAGGUUUGGCCUGAUGGGCUGCAAGCUUUGUUUUUUAAUAUUGGCUCUGAAGAAAUAGGGGAAAGGUACUUAGAAAGCUCAUUAGCUCAAGGUUUCUGUCAGCGCAUUCCUGCACUAACCAGGAAUGAUCUCGGAUACCUUUAGAGAACUAAUUGGUGUUAAGAUUCUUCUGUAAUAUGAAUUACCUAUAGAACUUUGGAUCAUGAUGGCUGUUUCUUGGAAUUAUAUGGGUUAUGUUACAGAAGUGGCAGAAUUACUGGAUGGUAUUCUGGCAGUUUAAUAUCCAUGAAAGGAAUAGUGUUCCUCACAACAAGGAAUGAAACUGCUUCCCUGUUCAGGUCAUUAUGUUGACAGCAUGGCUCUAGUACAGUAUGACUGGUUCCACAAUGAAGUGUUUUCCCUGCCCAAUGAUGCAUUUCGUCGUCACCAGUGUGAUGUUUCUCCAUUCCUUUCCUGUGAACAACUUGAUGUGUAAUAACUACUUGGAGCAACAUUCACUAAAACUGACACCUACCAAUCCCGGGUUUCCUUGGACUCAGGUAGGGAGCAGAAUAGACUGCCAUCCUGUAAUGUGAAUUACAUACAAAUUCAGACCAGUUUUCAAGCUAAUGCCCUUCUAAUCCCCACAUUACUCAUUAGCUGAAUAUUCUCUUUCCUUCAUUUUGUUCCACACCAACCCUACCCCCACCCCAAAACACUUAGCCCAGAUAUCCAUGGUAGUCGUGCUGUGCCCUGCAGACAUGCAGUUAGGAGAUGUUUUGGAUAGCGAUAGAGGAAUUUCUGAAUCUCAAACAAAUCAGGAAAACCUCCCCAGUUGCAAUCCAGGGAAAGGACAUCAGUCUGUUCAGAUUGUCUGUCCACUUGUGUAAAGAUUUAUUGGAGUUACUGAACAGUCUUAACUUGUCAGGAAGCAUCUGUGGACAAAGAAGUGGUGUUGAUAUUUCAGGUCAAUGACCUUUCAUCGGAAUUGAAAGUUUGAAUAUACUGUAGUGGCUUAAACAUUUUUGUUGAUUAUCUGCCUUGUACAUUUGGAACAUGGAAAGAAAUUGUCAGCAAAAGAUUGCUACUUUAUGUAAGAUCUGAUAACAUUUAAAUAAAGUAUAUUUUCACCAGAAGUAUUUCUUGAGAUACAUAUGAAUUCUAUAGCUAAUGAAAACAUCACCAGGUAGUUACAGCUGAAGAUGAUCAACCAUUCAGAAAUAAUCUCCAGUUUAUGCCUGACACCACACCAUGCCAUUGACUGACAGUCAGUCAAUGGAGCAUUUUAUAAAUACCUGCUUUGGAAAUAAAACCAGUGUGUCUCCAGGUUAAAACAUAGACAACGCCUCACACCUAAAAUGCAUUGUCUGGCCUGAGAUCUCAUGUCUUGUACACAUUGAUAAAACUUUAGUUAUCUCAGGACAGUGACUUAAAAGAAAUUUUGGGGUUUGCAUUUUAAUCAAUUGAAACCUGCAUCUCCUUUUCUAACUGAUUAAAGAUUAAACAGGGAGUCUGCCAGCCAUUAAAUAGUGUCUUCAAAUAAAUCUGUUGGACUAUAACUUGGUGUCAAGUGAUUUUUGACCCUGUCCAACACUGGCACUUCCAGACUCUCAUCAUUAAUCCCUCCACCAAAGGGAAAGUUCCUUCAUGUCUACACAAAUGAUUCAUGCCCCUCUUUCCUCUGUUUUAAAGAAAACAACCCCAGUCUCUUUGCUCUCUCUUAACUAAAGCUCUCUGGCCCAGGCAACAUUCUGGUAAAUCUCUACACCCUCUCCAGGACAAUCCUAUUCCUGUUAUAAUAUGGAUUUCAGAACUGCACACAAUAGCUGUGGCUGAACCAAUAUUUUAUGUUCCAGCAUCACUGCUGAAUUUAAAUGCCAUGUGUUGAUUCAUAAAGGCAAAUAUCCAAUAUACUACUUUACCUGUUCUACUACUUUAUCUGUUCUGCUACCUUUAAUGAAGCAAUGGACAUGUAAACUUCUGUGCUUCCCAGUGUCUACAAUUCACCACGUAUUCCCUUCCAUUGUUUGUCUUGCCCAAGUACAGCAUUUUAUGGUUACCCAGAUUGAAUUCCACUUGCCACUGAUUAGCCUCUUUGGCUUUGUUUCCUUUUUAUUUCAGGAUCUAGAAUUGGAUACAAUAUGAAGAUGUAGCCUGAACAGAAGAUAAUGCAUUUUGAGUAUGACUCCCUUUGACAUGAUUUAGGUGUCCAGUUCAACAUUCUUUUAACUUUUAUAAAUUUGCAGCUUUGUAGAAAUUGGGCAGAAUUGAGCUUUGAAUCUACCAAAACCCAUAAAUCAUCAUAGAUUCCUCAGUAGCUACACUUGGUUCCAACCAAUGCUGAGAAAAUAAUGGUGUUAAGAGAAUCAAUUGAAUGAUCUUUGGCAUUGAUUUGAAUAGUUUGAAAUCUGUUGUGAACUAUUUGUAAGAUUCAAGAGGUGAACUUUCACAGUUGCCUGAGUGAAGUUUGGUGUGGGAAGUUCCUUACUCAGUGUUAUUUCAUUUCAUACAAUAACUGGUAACUCCAGUGUCAGAGUUUUGAGCAGAAAACAAGUGUUUCCUUGAAAGUGAGUUAUUUAUAUUUCUUAACAGGUGCAUAAUGUUUUGCUUUUAUUGUAAAGGCACACUAAAUACAAAAUGUCAUUGUUGUCACUGCUAUUUGUGUUUUGUUUUACAUCUUGAAGUUUUCACCAGGUUCAUGUAUUUCAAAACUAAGUUUGGGGGGGUGGGGGGUGGAAACCACUCUCAGCUUAUUGUGCUGUCUUGCAAUUUUCCUAACUGAGAGCAUGCACCUUUUGUUCUUGCAUUUUCUGCAAGGUUUAUAGGAUGGGUGGAAGUUAGCUCAAGCACUCUUUUUUUUUUUUUUGUUUGUUUUUGGCUCCUUGGGCAAAUAGCUAAAACUAUACUCUGGCACUGUGAUGUAUCACUUGUGGUGGAAUCUGUAUCCCAUGACUAGCAUGAUGCUGCUACUUCAAAUUGCGGGGAAGUAUGCUCAGAUUUGUAUGUUUGAGUUUGUGUUUUCCUCACCUUUAUUCCAGAACUGAUGUGGAUAAGAACAUUUUUGUAAAUAUCAAGUUUGUUGCUUAGAAUUUUGUUUUCUUGAACCAGUUAGAGAAUGCCUUUUAUGUUUUAAUUCCAGAAAGGAAACAAAUUUCAUUUGAAAUGUACUGUCUGACCUAGUGUGGGCAAUGCCCUGGUGGUGUAUCUCUAAAGCACAUUCUAAUAUUAAAUAUAUUAAUCAUGUCUAAACCAAAGCUGUCAUGAGAUCAGGAGCUGAGUGGCUGUGGCAGAACUGAAACUGGGCGUUAGUGAGCAAGUACUGCUUCAUAAUCCUUAAAUAACUUUACUGAUUUCAAAUGUAGACUGUUGGAAGGUAAGUGGCAGUGUGGCUUUCUCCUGCUUUUUGUGGACAGUUCAGACCCAGGUCAUUAUCUACAUCACAUGGAUGCUAGUGUUGUAGCUAUACUGAACCAGCUUGGCUCGGGUGCAGCAAGUUCUGGAGCACAAGUCUUCAGUGCUAUUGCCAAGAUGUAACCACUGCUCCCAGCAUUUCUGGUAGCGGUUGGAAUGACUCGAAUUAGUUGAAGAUUGGUAUCUGUGAUAUUGAGGAGUAGGGUGUGAUAGAUCAUCAAGUCAGCGUAUAGGGCAAACAAGUGUGAGCGUAUCAGUCACUUAUUCUGCACUGACACUGGCUUUCCCCUAUCAUUUGUGAUGGGGAUCUUUGGAGUCUCCUCUCAUGCCAGUCGUUUAUUUGCCCAUCACAAUUCAUGACAGGACAUAGUAAGACUGCAGAGAUUACAACUGAUCCAUUGGUUGUGGGAUGACUUAGUUCUCUAUGCUGCUUCCACUGAUGGUCAUGCAAGUUGGGUUAGAUCUUCUCCAAUUCUGUCCCAGUGCGUGGUACCAUACAACACUGAAACAUUGAAGUCAGGACAUCAUCUCUUCAGACUGAUGGAAGGGAUAAUAAUAACAAUUGGAUCUUGUUAAUCAUGAUUAAUUUCAAUAUAGCAAAUUGUCUUAAUAGCAGUGUUCAUAGAGGUUGACAGCGAGAAAUGAUUACAACAAUUAAUCAAGUUUGACUACACUGAUUUUGUUUCUCCAUGUAUCUUUCUCUCUUCCAUCCCUCCCCAAAUAAGUUUACAAGUAGAGACUUGGAGGUGAUGCAGGGAACAAGGAGGGAAAGCUGCUACUUUCAGUUAAAUGAGAGACACAAUUUGCCAUCAGUUUUGGUUUGGAUCUUAAGAUAUAGGUGCAGUAGUCAUUUGAAAAUAAAACUGACUCCCUCAGCCAGUUUGAUGUAUGAAUUUGUGAUGUAAUUGUCCUAAACUAACCUUUUCUACAGUAUUAUUGAUUUGAUUGAUUUGUAUAACUAAACAACUUACUGACGCCAAGGUUGGGGGUUUCACUAAAGCCUCAUUACAGCCUUGGACAAAACAGCAAAAUUCCAGGUGAGGUGAGUGACAUCAGACCAAGGGAGGCAGCAAGGACUCCUAGCAAAUCUACACUACAUUAGCAGAGGAAAGGAAAGAACUAAUUUCAAUCAUAGU